AUGGAGGCCAUUCGCGCCUCGUCCUCCCUCGCCGCCCGUCAUCCCCUCUGCUACACGCCGCGCCUCCCUCCGCUUCUGCCGUCGUCGCACCGCGUCGCGCCGAGCAGCCACAUCGCCUCCGCGCUGCCGCCCGCCUGCCAUCCGCACUCGCGCGUCGCACCAACCCUCUCCGCCGCUGUCCGAGCGCAACGCCCGUCGCGAUGCCUCUCGUCUCUGGGCCGCGCCGAUCCACGUCCAAUCGCUCUGAGAGCCACCCCGGCCAGCUCCAGGCGGAGAGUGACAAUAGCGGGGGCCGUGGUGGCGGCGACGGCGGAGGCGGGGUCUGCUGAGAGCGAGGGCGACCGUGCGAUGGGCGCGCUGGUGGAGGCGGAGGGCGGCGCCGCGCACGGGAGGGGGCGUAGCGAGAGCAGCGAGGGCAGCGACGGCGGGGAGGGCAGCGAUGGCGGUGAGGGCGGUGAGGGCAGCGACGAGGGUGAGGGCGGGCUGUCGCGGAAGGAACUGCGGAAGGGGCGGCAGGAGCGACGAUUGCGGCUGAUGGAGCCCGAGGCGGUGCAGCAGCGGAGGCGGCAGCAGGAGGAGCGGGUGAUGGCGGCCAUGGCGCCGCUCAGAAAGCGCCCCGCCAACCCCGGUGGGCGCCGCAAGAAGACGGCGCCGGAGGGAGAGGGGGACGCGGGGAAGGUGGAGGGGGCAGCUGGGGAGACGGGAGGGGAGGAGGGGAAGGCGGAAGGAGUGGGUGGUGGUGCAGGGGAUGGGGGAGGUGAAGGGGGGUUGCUGGUGGAGGGGGGGCUGGGAGAGGCGGUAGUGGGUGGUGAAGGCGGUGGAGAGGGGCAGGUGGUGCAGGCGCGGGGGGACAUGGCCGAGGCAAUAGGCUCUGAGCAGCCGCAGCAGCAGCCGCAGGUGGAGGUGGAGGUGGAGGUGGGCGAUGCGGUGGAGGCAAUGAGGGUGCGCGGCGUGCAGUGGUGGAAGGUGGGCACUUUCCGAGGGGGCGAGUUCGAGGCGCAGCAGCAGAUCACCGCCCUCCUGGCCGCACACUGCCCGGGUGAACCGUGUGAGAUAUUCGUGCCGGCCAUCCGCUCCUCGCACCACGCCACCAUAAUGCGCCGGGCAGCAGCGGCCAUGGAGGAGGGCGGCCCCCCUCCACCCCUGGGGGCGGGCAUGCAGCGCAUAGAGCCAUGUGUGCUCUACGUGCGCUGCACCAUGUCCUCCGCCCUCUACAAGCAGGUGCGCCCUCUACAAGCAGGUGCGCCCUCUACAAGCAGGUGCGCCCUCUACAAGCAGGUGCGCCCUCUACAAGCAGGUGCGCCCUCUACAAGCAGGUGCUGCACUGCGCCUUGCCCCAUCUCGCGCCCUGCCCCAUCCCGCGCCCAGCCCCAUUCCGCACUGUCAUGCCUCUCACCACCCCUCUAUGCCUCUCACCACCCCUCUAUGCCUCUCACCACUUCCUCCUUCUCUGUCUCUCAUAACUCCUCACAUGCCUCUGUUACCAUACCAUGCCUCAUGUGCGCCCCUCUGCUCCCUGUGCGCCCCUCUGCUCCCUGUGCGCCCCUCUGCACGCUGCGCAGGUGGUGGCUCUGGAGCGACAAGUACGGCAACAUGCUGCCGCGUGCCAUCCCGCUGGUGGAGCUGGCGGCCGUGCUGGAGCUCGUGAGGGGCAAGCAGGCCGAGGCCGACCGCCAGGCGCACGAGGCGGAGAGGCUCGCCGCUGCUGCGCAGGCAGGGAAGAAAGGCGCAGGAGGGGCUGGCGCGCAGGAGGAGGCGGGAGGGUCGGAUGGUGAGGGCGAGGUGGGAGCCGCAGCAGCAGUAGGUGGUGUGGUAAGCAGAGGGGCGCGCAUGCGGUCGGCAGUGCUGAUGCCGAUGCUGCCGGUGCCACUUUCAAUGCAGGCAGUGGCAGCAAUGGUGGUGGGGCAGCUGGUGUGA